AUGGCGGGCAGCCGAGGCAGCCAGUCUUCGGGAGCGGACUCUGGGGCGGAGGCUGGAUCUAGGGCGUGGCAACCUGGGGGCCAGAGCCCAGCUGGCGGUGCAACGGCUGGUGGCCGGACCGACCAGCCUUUGGAGGUAGACUCCGGGGCAGCCGCUGGGGCCGGCCCACGACGACCUGAGGGCCAGAUCCCUCCCCCGAAAUGGAAGAGGGCAAAGCCCGGGCCUGAGCCGAAGCCGCAGGGUCCAGAUUUCUGGAUUCCGCAGUCCCGAUGGCAGUACCGCGGGCCCAAAACCACGCCACCCAAGGACUCUGCAGGAGGCCAGAAGACCCUGGAGCAGCCGAGGCCAGCACCUGUCCCAGAGCUGAGCGCACCGGCGGGCCCCAAGCCAAGGGCUCCGGCCAGCUCUGAGCCAAGAGCCCCAGGCGGUCCUGAGUAG